GGUCUCCAUGGCAAAGUGAUUGCUCUGAACAUAAUCUCAUUUAUGGGGGUGCAAAAAAAAAAGAGGACUUCAGCUCAGGGAGAAUGUAUAAAUGUCCAUCGUCAUCGAGGUUCUGCUAUAUCUGAAAAGCAGAAACAGCUCCAAGGACACAGUUCACAGGCUGAUUGGCUUCUCACCUCCAACAUACGGAUAGAAUUGGGGACAAUCACCAGGACACUCUUAGCAGAGACCCGUGAAGGAGGCAGUGAGGCCUUUGAUCGCAGCUCGGUCCUGCCCUUGGCAGCAUGUGCACUGGGAGCUGUGCCAAGUGCCUGGGGGGCACCCUCAUUCCCUUCACCGUGUUUGGCUUCCUGGCUAACGUCCUGCUCUUUUUCCCUGGAGGAAGAGUGAUAGACGACAACGACAAUCUUUCGGAUGAGGUCUGGUUUUUCGGAGGAAUAUUAGGAAGCGGGGUCUUGAUGAUCCUCCCUGUGGUGGUGUUCUUGGGCCUGAAGAACAACGACUGCUGUGGGUGCUGUGGCAACCAGAGCUGCGGGAAGCGAUGCGCGAUGUUCAGCUCCACAAUAUUUGCUGCAGUUGGAUUCUUGGGUGCCGGAUACUCAUUUAUCAUCUCGGCUGUCUCGAUCAACAAGGGUCCUAAAUGUCUCACGGACAACAGCACCUGGGGCUACCCCUUUGACAACGGGGAUUACCUGAGUGACAAAGCCUUAUGGAGCAAGUGCCAAGAGCCUGCCAACGUGAUUCCCUGGAACCUGAGCCUCUUCUCCAUCCUGCUGGUCAUAGGAAUCAUUCAGAUGCUUCUCUGCGCCAUCCAGGUGAUCAACGGCCUCCUGGGGACCCUGUGCGGAGACUGCCAGAGUUGUGGCUGCUGUGGGUCAGGGGGCUAA